AUGGUUAACCGUUUAAUUUGUCUUGUUGCUGGGGUGAUCGCUCUGGGAAGCGGCCUCGCAAAUGCCCAUGGCUCGCAUUCAAGCGACGACCAACCCGUAUCUGACGAUUGGGCCACGAGACACAUGAUGGAGGAACAUCACAUUGAAGGCUUCGAUGCCCCCUCAUUUUUCAUGAUGCACGAUUACGACUCAUCCGGCCUAUGGACUACCGACGAAGUACGCCAGACAUACGGGAUGGACGACGAAUCCAAUAAUGGUGUGAGCGAAUCCCGCAAAACAGAGGGUAUCCGCCAAGUUUUUGAUCUAUUUGAUCCUGAUAACACCGGGUUCAUCUCGAGAGAUGCCUGGUUAAAGGCAGUUGCCGAUGGUGUUCGGCUUCCCGAUCUCGGCUUCGGACCCGGGCACCAUGGAGAUAUUGAGUACGAGUAUGAGAUUCAUCACUUCGAGAAGUUCCACGGGGAGGAUGCUACUGAGGAGGAGUUGACUCACCCGGAAGAUAUCGAGCACUUCCGCCUGCACGACGAGCUAGAGCGCGCUCAAAUGCGCCUCGACCAGCUGGAAGAGAUGCAAGUCGUUGUGGCCAACAUCCCCACGAAAUUCCGUCGCAAUUAA